UCGAUCCGCCAGACAGCUGCGGUUUGGGUGUCUGUCGUAUGGAAAGGGUUAAACAACAUUUUUUUUUUUCACAAAAAAAUCAAAUCGCCUGUCCCAUGUUUGUGUAGAAAGUGUCUCUGUAUUUGUGGAUUAUUCGAGUCUCGUGGAUUUAAAGUGUCUCAGUUUCCUUACUGGAUGGUAUUGUGUCAGCUUUUGGGUGCCAUCCAGCUAUGUGUGUCAAUGUGUCAUAGAGUGUGCUUGUUAGAUAAGUCAGCAGUCUAAGCGUGUCGUAUAAAGCAAAGGUACAUUUAUCAACAAUGUAACAAGUGUACAGUGUUAGCGGCCGUUGUAUUGAAUGGAUGAAUCCAGACAGAACUUAAGACUAAGGAUUAAAUUGAGAGAUUAACUCUUGGACUACUGGCCUGUCAAGAUGUUAGCAGCAGGUGUCCGAGUGUUAGUCUACGCUGGACUUGUGGCUACUUGUAUCUGGUCAGCAAGCGUCCACGGACAGGGUGCAGAGGAAGAUAUGAAUGGGUUGUUUCCGGUUGUAUUUAACCUAGCAUCAAAAGCAGACAUUUCAGUCAAUGCAACGUGCGGCGAGACGAAACCGGAAGUCUUCUGCAAACUGGUAGAGCACGUGAAGGUCUUCCCGGCGGAAAAUCGACACUGUGACAUUUGUGAUGGGUCAAGCAACAACCUGCUCCAGAGGCACCCCAUCAGAAACGCCAUUGAUGGAAGUAACAGGUGGUGGCAGAGCCCCUCACUAACCAAUGGCGCCCAGUAUAAUUAUGUGACAAUAACAAUCGAUCUGAAACAGAUCUAUCAAGUGGCGUACAUUAUAAUCAAAGCAGCCAAUGCUCCCAGGCCAGGCAACUGGAUUCUAGAAAAGUCGCUGGACGGUGUCAAUUACGAACCGUGGCAGUACUUUGCUAUGACUGACAGAGAGUGCCGGGACACUUAUCGUAAGAGGGCCACUGUCGGGGUGCCGACCAACCUCGGGGAUAAAGAGGUCAUAUGUACUUCAAGAUAUUCUUCCCUCACACCACUGGAAAAUGGCGAGAUCUUUGUGUCUUUGGUGAACAACCGACCAGGUGUUUUCCAGCCCAGCAAGGAUCUGGUGGACUUUGUUUCGGCCCGUUAUGUACGCCUUAGAUUUCAGAAGAUUCGAACUUUGAACGCUGACCUGAUGACGUUUGCUAGUAUUGAUCCAAAAGUAGUUGAUGAGACAGUCACGAGGAGGUACUUUUACUCAGUCAAGGACAUUUCUAUUGGCGGACAUUGCAUCUGUUAUGGGCAUGCUACACUCUGCAAACGUCAUGAUACUUUACCCAAUCGACUACAGUGUCACUGUCAACACAACACAGCAGGAGACAACUGUGAAAAAUGUUUACCUCUGCACAAUAAUAAACCUUGGCAAGUUGGAGGAAUUCAAAAUCUUGGAUGUGAAGAAUGUAAUUGCCAUGGCAAAGCAGAUACAUGUGUUUACAAUGCUACAGUGGAUGCUUUGGGUCUGUCACUUAAUAUCAAAGGAGAAAUUGAUGGAGGAGGAGUCUGCCUUAACUGUAAGGAGUAUACCGCUGGAAUCAACUGUGAAAGAUGUAUAGAUGGUUAUUACAGGCCCACUGGAAUGACUGCCUAUAUGAGGCGUCCAUGUCGGAAGUGUAAUUGUCAAGAAUCACAAACAACAACAGGUCACUGUGUGCAGGAUGAAAGUAGACUGCACGAGGGCUUGAGCCCAGGUGACUGUAUAUGUCAGAAAGGCUACACUGGACGGACAUGUAAUGCAUGUGAAACUGGUUUCUAUGGCUAUCCUAACUGUCGCCCAUGUCUGUGUAAUACUGCAGGAAGUAUUGAUGCUGAGUCCUGUGAAAGAGCAUGCAUUUGUAAGCCUAAAGUACAAGGCAGUCGCUGUGAAAGAUGUUUGGAAAGUCACUUUAAUCUAGAGCACUCUAACCCUGAAGGGUGUUUAAAAUGUUUUUGCUUUGAAGUCACUAAUGUUUGUGACAGUGUACCAUGGGGGUUGACAAAAGUAAACGAUCUAGAUGGUUGGAUGCUUCAAACCAUGGAUCCAAAUGGAAUCAUCUUAACUCAUAUUCUUCAUCAAGGAACUCUCUGGACAAAUAUAAAUUCAGCCUCAAGAAAAGCCGACAAUCCUGGCAUUUUGUCACAGAAUGAGAUUUACUAUUGGAUAGCUCCAUCAGUUUACCUUGGGAAUAGAUUAAGCUCCUAUGGCGGAUACCUUCAGGCUUCCUUCAAGUACACCCUAGAUGACCAACAGCAGUGGACUUAUCACCUGGAUGAGCCAAAUUUUAUUUUAAAGGGUUCUAAUUUGACCAUCGCCUCUGCCAAAGAACGGCUGAGAGAAAAUGUUGAACAUGUGAAGCGUGUUCGUCUAGAUGAAAAAAGCUGGUUUCAUCUAGAUAGCCGAAGACCUAUAACAAGGGAAGAAAUGAUGUUGGUCUUGUAUAGCUUGACUAAAGUAAUGAUAAGAGCAACAUAUCACACGGCAAAAAAUUCUGUGAAUUUAAGAGAAGUUUCUCUUGAUGUUGCAAGUCCUACACAACAAGAUGGCAGCUAUUUGAAGUCAGUUGAACAAUGCAGCUGUCCAGAGGGCUAUUCAGGAUUAUCUUGUGAAAGCUGUGCUCCAGGUUAUAGACGAGUGAAUGACAGAUUGGUUGGUGGAGUGUGCAGGAAGUGUGAUUGCUACAAUCAUGCUGCUUCUUGUGAUCCAGUUACUGGCCGAUGUCUAGGCUGCAGACACAAUACUAUGGGAGACAGGUGUGACAGAUGCUUACCUGGUUUUUACGGUGAUCCUCGCUAUGGUACUCCUGAGGACUGCAAACCUUGUGCUUGUCCACUGGUCAAUGGAAAUAACUUCUUUGCAGAAAGGUGUGAAGCAAGACCAACUACAGUGGACAGAUCUGCCUACGUGUGUCUCAACUGUAGACCUGGCUAUACUGGUGCAAGAUGUGAAAUGUGUGAAUUAGGAUAUUUUGGUAACCCAGCUGUUCCUGGGGGUUCAUGCCGUCGCUGUAAUUGUGGGGGAGCUGUGGAUUUGGAUCAUCCUGGUGUAUGCAAUAACAUCACUGGGAGGUGCAACAUUUGCACUAACAAUACUGAAGGUGAUUUCUGUGAGAAAUGUAAGAGUGGCUACUAUGGUGUAGCUACAGCUGGGGAUUGCAAAGGUUGUGAUUGUCAUCCUUUGGGUUCAAAUAACUUUCAGUGUGAUCCAUCCAAUGGUCAGUGCUCCUGCAAAGACAGAUAUACUGGACGUAGAUGUGACAGAUGCAAGGCUGGUUAUGGCAAUAUUAGCAAAGGCUGUGAAAGGUGUCGCUGUGAUCAGAGUGGUUCUGAAAGCUCACAAUGUGACCCUGUGAGUGGGCAGUGUAAAUGUAGACCUGGAGUUGGGGGUCUCUCCUGCAGUCAAUGUGAAAAUGGUUACUAUGACUAUUCUAGAGCUGGAUGUAAAAAAUGUAAUUGCCAUGAACUUGGUACUUCCAAUGGCAUUGACUGUGAUACUUCUACUGGACGUUGCAUUUGUAAGCCAGGUGUUGUGGGCCUAAAGUGCGAUAAAUGCCAGCACACUUUUUAUGGACUCAGCAGUGGUCAAGGUUGCCGUCCAUGUGGAUGUAGUGAGGCUGGAUCCUUUUCUCCUCAAUGUGAGGACACUACUGGUCAGUGCCCAUGUAAACCAGGAGUCAGUGGAAGAAACUGUGACAGGUGUCAAAAUGGUUAUUAUGGAUUUUCUUUCUCUGGUUGCCAAGUUUGUGAGCCAUGUAACAGUGUAGGUCAUAUCUGUGAUCAGUUGACAGGAGGCUGUGUUUGCCCUCCGUAUACAGAGGGACCAAACUGUGAGCGAUGCCAAGUGAACUGUUGGGGUUAUGACCCAGAUGAAGGCUGUAAGCCAUGUAACUGCAGCUUAGAGGGCUCUUCUAAUCACCAAUGUGAUCCUCAAACUGGUCAGUGUCACUGCAUGCCAGGGUAUCAGGGUUUAAAAUGUGACACCUGUGCCCUGGGGCACUAUGAUAACUUGAUUCGAUGCACCCCAUGUGACUGUAACUCAAUUGGUUCUCUAGAUAGUACUUGCAUGCCAACUUGUGAGUGUGAUGGGUUUGGCGCCUGCUUCUGUAAGAAAAAUGUAGAAGGUCAGAAGUGUGAUAGAUGUAAAGCUGGAACAUUUAGUCCAGAUAAUGACAAUCCAGAUGGCUGUACAGAGUGUUUCUGUUUUGGUCGUGGCCGUUCAUGUCAACAGGCACCAUAUGUCUACACAAAUAUUGAGUUACCAGCAUUAACUGUAGACUUUGUUGAUAAUGAUGAUGAUGGUGAUGUUCUUACAACCUUCAAUGGCAUUUUGACUAUCAACAAUUCAGAAACUGCUUAUGUGCCUAAAGAUAAAUGUGAUCAACCAAUUUAUUGGAGACUACCAAAAACGUAUCCAAAAGAUAUGGUUCUGUCCUAUAAUGGAAAAUUGAAAUUUGUACACUUCUUUGAAGGCCCAGCAGUUGAUAAACCUACAGCUAUAAAUGCACCAAUGGUUAUUUUGAUUGGCAAUGGCAUUUCUUUACACACAAAAUUAACAGUGAUUGAGCCCAGAAACCCUUUCGCUGAAGAGAUAACUUUCAAUGAGCAUGAAUGGUAUUUGCCUGAUCGAGAUCAACAUGUAAGUCGCCAGACAUUGAUGGUUGUUUUACAGAAGGUUGAGGAGAUUCUAGUUAGAGCCUCACAAGAUGGAACAGCAACUUCUGCUGACUUAGAUUCUAUAAUUAUAGAGCAAGCUGUUCCAAGAGGUACCAACUCCACCAGUAACUUGGCACUAGGUGUUGAGCUUUGUGAUUGUCCAGAGAAAUAUUCUGGAGAGUCUUGUCAGAAUCCAGGUCCAGGCUACUAUAGGGUACCCGCUGUUGGUGAAACUAAUUUAGGAAAUAUAGAUUCCAUCAUUGGCACUUCUGAACCUUGUGCCUGCAAUUCACACAGCAAAAACUGUGAACCAGAGACUGGUAAAUGUCGGGAAUGUCAAGAUCAUACCACAGGAGAUUAUUGUGAUGUUUGUGCUGAGGGUUUUUAUGGUGUGGCAACCACAGGUACUAGACAAGAUUGUCAGCCUUGUAGCUGCCCACUGAAUAUUCCUUCUAAUAAUUUCAGUCCGAGUUGUGUCACUGACAGAUUUGGCAUUGUUUGUUCAUCCUGUGUUGUUGGUCACACUGGUCGCACAUGUGAAAAAUGCUCACCUGGUUACUAUGGCAACCCUAGUACAGUUGGAGAUAGAUGUAAGCCAUGUAACUGUAAUUUAGAAGGCUCAAAGGGAGAGAAUUGUGACUUGAAUGGCAAGUGCCAAUGUUUGAGUGGAAUCAGUGGCAAAACUUGUGAUAAUUGCAGUGAUCCUACAUUUGGUGUGCAAAAUGGCCAGUGUGUCUCUUGUUACGAAGGAUGCACUGGAAUUCUCUUGGAUGACUUGAAAAAGAUUUCUAAACUUUUGCCCGAGUUUAACCCUGACAAUGCACAAUUUCCAUGGGAAACCUUGAAUAACUUAAGUGAUGAAGUCACUAAACAAAAGAAAAAGCUGGCCAUAAUUGAAGCGGCAGGUAUUCAAGGCCUGGAAGAUAUGAGAAAAGAAGCUGAUCGCUACAUAAAGAUGGUUGAAACCCUGCUCAGUAGGAGUAAUUAUACUUGUGAUUCAGAGUCUAUAGGAACUGGAGCUGAAGCUUGUAAAGUCAAAAGUAGUGCUGCUGACUUGUAUACAAAUGCAACCCAGUUGGAGACAGAUGUCAACCAGGCAUAUAGAAAUAUAAGUAAACUUGUGGAUGAUUUAAAUAGUUUUGGAGAGAAGCACUUAGUCAGUGUGACAGGACUUAAUAUUUCUGCUGUCCUUAGACAAGCCAAGGCUAUGCUCAAAGAAAUAGAACAAAGAAAUUUCACAGCCGCUGAUAAUGCAGCCAAAAAUGAGAUUCGUCUGGCAGAAAAACUCUCAGAAAGUAUCAUACGUUUUAUCAACUCUUCCAACUUGAAUGGUACAUCAUUAGCUGAUAGAUUGAGCGAUAUCUUGAGGAGGCUCAGAGACUUAUCUAAGAAUUCCAAGAUGGCUGAUGAUCUCACAACUGCAGCUAAUAACAAGAUUGAAGAACUAAGAGAGUUAAUAAAACAACUGAGGGCAUUGAUUGCAGAUAUUAAUGAACUAUACAAAUCUGCUAAUGAAAUUGUUGAUGAUGCCAUAGACAAAGCUGAAAAUGCUGACAACAAAAUCAGUAUGGCUACUCAUCAAAGUGAUUUACUGGACACUGGUAUAGAUGAACUCUCUGACAAAGUAAAAGAACUAGAAAAAAUAACAAAGAAUCUGUAUGCAUGGGUGUUCAAUGCAAGCAGACAUGCACAAAAAUUGCUAGAACAAGCUGAGCUCAUUGAUUUGUUAUUUAAUACCACCAGAGCAUUGUCCCUAGAUCCUGUUAAAGCAGCCAAAGCUUACAGUGAGAUAGUUGAAGCUAUAAGGGAAGCCAAUCAAUCAGCACAGAACGCCUACACGUCAGCCAAAGAGGCUAAAGAUAUUAGUCAACUGGAUGAUCUUCAAGAGAAAGUAAGACGUCUUAAAGAGACUAAUGAGGAUCACAUAGAGCAGAUAGAAAAUCUGAAAAAUAAACUUGAAGAUGCUUUUCAAAAUCUGAGGGAUGUUGAAAGAGAAGUUGCUGAUGUGGAAGAUUUGCAUGACAAAAACAGAAACAAUUUGAAUGAAGUCUUAAACAGGAUUGAUUUAUUACCAUCAGAUGUUAGAGAUAAAAUUAGAGGAAUUAAAGCUGAUAACAAAGACACAGAAUCAAUCAUUUACAGAGCCCUAGAACUGUUUAAGAAAUUCAAUAACACAAUAAACUUCAGGAUCCAAGAUCUUAACAAAACAGAUUUUAGUGGCAUCAACAAGGACAUUGAAGUUGAUAUACUAAGAGCAAGGGAUGUGAACACAAAUGUUGCCAAUCUUCAAAAUAUUACCAAGACAUUAGAUGACAAAUUGAACAAUCUGAUCAAGAAAGAUAUUAAAUUUAAUCUGGAUGAUCUCAUAAAUAAGAUUAACAAUGCCCGUAGGAUUGUCAAUGAUAUGAAAAUGUCUCUGCGAGCUGAUGGGCAGUGUAUUCGAUCUUAUCGUUCGCCGCUGAAGCCAAGCUCAGCGAAUGAGAUUAGUUUUGGAUUCCAAGUGAAUCACACAGACUCAGAUAUGCUUAUUGUUCUACUGCAACAGUCUCCAGAGGAAGGUGGACAGGAAUUUCUUGCAGCUGAGAUGAAGGAUAAAAAGGUGAGACUGACUUGGAAUUCUGGUAAAGGUCAAGGCUCUGUGUCACAUGAUGAACCCAUUGUUCCAGGAGCGUGGUAUAAAGUAGAAGCCAAAAGAAUUGGGUCAAUAGGAGAACUAAAAGUUUGGAAUCUUAAAACUCCUAGCAAGCCAAUCACAAAGCAGUUCACUUCUAAUUUAAGUGCUGGAUGCUCUCUACUGAACUUCAAUGAGAACUCUUCAGUUGUCCUGGCUGGUUCCAACAGUCAACUUAAGCUACCAAGUGGUAUAACUAAUCGUAACUUCACAGGGUGCUUAGGAGAUGUUGUCCUUGACCAAAGUAAAAUUGGUGUAUACAACUACAAGACUAAUUCCAGAGACCAUUGCAGUGCUUGUUUGGAAUUACCUGUUGAAAAAACAGCUUCAGGAUCAAUCUUUGUAUUUAAUGGAGAUGGAUAUGCAAAACUACAAUUUACAGGAAAUUACUUAACAACUAAAAUGAAAAUGGAAUUUGAAUUCAAAACAUUUUGGGAAAACUCUAGGUUAUUUUUCAUUGGAAAUGAAAAGAUGGGAGAUUUUCUGUCCAUUGAGCUCCAGGGAGGCAGGGUUCACGUUUUGUUUGCAUUAGGAUACAACACUUUUGGCAGAGCUCAUACCACUAACACUUAUAACAACAACAUGUGGACCAAGCUCUUUUUUGAAAGGAGAGAUACUGGUGGUGCAUUACUUAGAGUAAGCACUGAAGACAUUUUUAUAACUAUUGUUGGUACAAGUAAAGGACUUGAUAUCAAUAAAGAUGCCCUGUACUAUGGAGGCCUCCCAUCAAAUUUUAUUAUGGAUAGCUUUAAAGGACUCAAUACAACAGAAAACUUCUUUGGAUGUAUGAGAAAUUUAAUAUUUGAAACUGUUCAACCAGAAGUCAGUAAUAUCAGUGUCUUGAACAAUGUGCUGUUGAGCCCAAGCUGUAGAGAAAAUGGAAUUUAUGUUGUCGAUUUUCAAGGUGAUGGUUAUAUUAUGCUACAGAAUAACAAUUUGAGUUUUGCUGAUUCCAAAAAUGAAAUCUCAUUGACUUUUGUAACUUGGAAAGACAACGGAAUCAUUCUUGUAGCUAGAGAUAUAUCAGCAGAGAAUUAUUACUCCAUUGCUUUGGUUGGUGGUCACUUGGUGGCAAAGAUUCAUGACAAAGAUUCAGAUAAGCCAUUGGUAUUGAAUUCUUCAUCCAAAUUAAAUGCCAAAUUAAAUGAUCAAAACAUGCAUUGUGUUUCCUUAACCAAGGAUGGUGGAAAAAUUCAUCUUAUUGUUGAUGAUGUCACUGUGGCAAGUGGUCAAGCUAGAAUUGUGGAUUUCAAAAAUGAUGGAAAUCUUUAUUUGGGUGGUCUACCUCUGGCAGUUAAUGGUAUUGCUGCCACCAAUCUUAGAUUGGAUGGAUGUAUUAGUAACGUCAUAGCCAAUGGGGUACGGCUGUCCAUGGGAGAUGCCAAACAAUACAAACUGGCCAAAAUUGGUCAAUGUAGGUAUGUGGAUAAAGCACCAUCCUUGGCAGGCUCCUUACCAGUUGAACCUCCUUUUGCAAAUGAUGCAGCACCCCCAACAUCUUGCGUAAAAGACAUUAACCCAGCAAUUGAAGAUGAUGCUAAGGCUGUAGCAAAUGCUGCAUCAUUUUUUGCAGAGAUCACUAAAGUUGACCCAUCAGAAUUGAGUGAAAAUUUCAUUUUUGGAUUUGAAUUCAGAACUUUCUAUGAGAAUGGACUAUUUGGGUUUUUAACCAGUGAUGAUGAUUCAUUUUACUUUGGAAUCCAGCUUCACAAUGGAAGACUGGAGAUUGUGUAUACCUACGAAAAUUCAGUGAAACGUAUUACAUUUGAUUCAGUCUUAAGCAAUGGUGAAUGGCAUUCAGUUCAGGUAACUAAAAAAGGCAAUAGAUUGAGUGUUAUCUGUGAUUCUAAAACUAUCAAAAGUGAUGAAAUAGAUGACUAUGUGAAUAUAGCUCUACCACUACAUAUGGGUGGACCAAGGGAUCCCGUCAGAUUCAGCAAAAAUAAUAUAACUCUGGUAAACCACAGUUUACGAGGCUGCAUUAGAGCUUUAACUGUGAAUGAAGUACCCAUCAAUAUCACUGACACUCAGAUCAUACAAGAUGUUGGACCUUGUUAUCAGAAUGUUGAGAGGGGAGCUUACUUUGGUGGCACUGCCUAUGGAGCACUCACCUUUUAUUUCAAGCCGUCUCUGACAGUAAGCUUAGAUUUUAAAACAACAAGCCAAUCUGGCAUCCUUAUCUCCAUCAGUGAUACAAGAUUGUUUGGUCUCACAUUAGAGCUUCAUGAUGGCCAGGUUAAGUUUAGAUUGAAACACAAGGAGUUGUUUGUGGCAGAGACAACCAAUGACAACUCUUUCCUGUACUGUGACAAUAAAUGGCACAAGGUGACAGCAGUACUCAUCAACAGUGAACUGUCCCUCACUGUAGACAGUGGACCAACAAUAAAAAAGACAAUAGUUGGCAGUCUUGAUGGUGUCAAUAGCAACUAUAUGUUUAUUGGAGGUGCCAAAAGUAAUUUCAAGCAAAUUGCCAGCUUGUCCAAUGAUAUGCUCAAUGGAUGCCUAAGAAAUAUGAUCAUUGAUGGAGUUCCUGUAGACUGGUAUACAUUUGUUGACCAACAAAAUGUCAGAAAAACUGGCUGUCCAGCAUUUUGAUAAAAUAUUUAUUAAAUUAGUCUUAACCAAUUUAAAAAAGAUAUAAACUUUUGUUAAAUAAAAUAAAGUUUUCUUUUAGCCAUGUCUGUUUUGCCCAACUUAAGCAUAAUAUGUUUUAAAUACUCUGUAUUUUAAAUUAGCAAGUUUAACUUUUUUUAUGCUAUGCAUGAAUAUUUAAUUUUUAAUAAGUAUGAAAAACUUAGUGUUUCAAAACUAUUUAAAGAGCAGACACAUGGGUCAGAUAGUAGUCUGCUUGAUAGGAAAAUGUUUGGUUUCAUUUUAAAACUAUUUUGUGGGAACAAACAACAACAUUAUUUAGAAGCUAUUGUCAUUAAAAAUGUGUUUUUAAAACAAUUGUUUAGUUUACAUACUAAAACACAUUGUUGAAAUUCAAAAUGGAAUUUUGGUGUACGUUUCUUGUUAAACUAUGUUUUUAUACCACUGCAUUCUGAUACAAAACUAUGAAGGAUAAAAAGAAUGCUGAAAUAAACCAUUUACUCAGCGACUUGCAGACAACAAUUACAUCCUCAUCUUUUAUUGUGACUCAAAAAAAAAAUGUCACAGUAUCUUCCUAUAGCUCAAAUAUCUUUUAGUGCUAGAAGUCUUGUUUUGUUUCUAAUUUCACAAAUGCUGAAUGAGGAUUUAUGCAAAAAAAUUUUUUUAAAGUUCAAAAUAUUUGAUUAAAAUAAACUUGAUAAAAUAAGCUUAUGAAAUAUUAAAAAGGCACAGAAAUUAGAACAUUUUUUUUUCAUUUCUGUUUUUAACGGAAGAUUUACACAAACUCACAUCUACUUUUUCCCCUCCAUCUUUCCAAUGUCAUCAUCUUCAUAUUCACUUCUCUUUUUGUGUCCUGUACUUUUUAAAAUCUAACCUAACUUAGAGCUCUCAUAUAUUUUAGUCAUUGUAAUCAUUCAAUGGAAUUCCUUCUAUUUCUGGUUCUGCUCUGGUGGAAUUCCAUUAAAAUUUUGAAGUUGACACUUAUCUUUAAAAACAACACUUAAUUUAAAUAUUAGUUUAAACAAUUUUCGAAUGAGUUUCCUUCAGUUAGCUCAAAUAUUUUUUUUUAUAAACAGAAUUAUUAGUUGACAUUAUUUUGUUUUAAAGGGUACAUUUAUAUUACUUAAUAAAUGUUUAUGAAAGCAAAAAAACAACAUCUUUGCUACAAAAAACAUUUUUGCUUCCUUCAAUGUUUCAGUGGUGAUUUUUACUGGGUUCAUUCUAGGCUUGUGCCACACUAUAACUGCUUGUAGCCAUCAUCAUCAUUAAAUAAAGUUUUUGUCUUUUUUAAUGAAUUAAAUGUUAUUUCAUAUUUCAAUAUUGUAUUUAAAAGAUACUAAUGGCUCUAUGGCUCAGUGAUAAAGCCAUUUUAUAUUGACAAUUCUGUAAGUCAAAUAUACUGAAGUGAAAUGUAUAUGCAAGAUAAUUUUCAAAGAAAUAGAAAAAAAAAUUUAACCAAACUUUAAUUCCUAACAAUAUCCGCCUAAUGAGAGUGGAUUCAUUUGUUGAUGUUGUGUCCUAUUCUAGUUGAAUCAUGUGCCUUACCAAUAUAUGUCUUGUGUUGAUACCUGCCAUAGAAUUGUGUUUGUUGUGUUCAAAGAUUCCUGAAAAUGACAAUGAUGGAGUUUAUUCUGAAAGAAUGUCUCUUCAUGUUGUUUGUUUGCCUGAUUGUUACUGCUAAAUAGACUUUUUCAAAGAUAGCAUCAUUAUGUGAUAAUCAUCAAUCUAUUUAUUGAAUUUAUUCUUAUCUUAUUCAUAACAUCCUCCAGAAGCCAUGGUGCUGAGGUGUGCAGCCAAUAUGUGUGUUUUAUAUCUUUCAUAACUCUUAUAGAAAUAACUGUAUACUAUCAAUACAAUAUCUUUCUUCAAUCAAUUUCCUUUCUGUCUAUAAUUUUCUUUCAAAUGUAAUCUUGAUUUCAACUCUCUACUUUUUUUUAUUUCUUUCCUCCCAGUUUGAUCACUUUGAAUUUGAAACUCAUUGCAUCAUCCGUUAUUUGCUAGUUAUGCCAGAAACAGAUUAGAACCUGAGAUAAUACAAGCUGAACAUACAAUAAUUGAAGUAUUAAAAUAUAAGAAAAGCUCUUUUAUUUGUACUUACUACUUGAUAGAUGUUGAUGGUUGGGAAAUUGUUUCACUUGAACUUUUUUUUUUUGUUUUUUAGCUCUAAGUAAAGAUCUCUAAAAAAAAAUUGACAUCAUUAUUAAUGAUAUUAAAAAAACUGUUUUCUUUCUCUUUCCUUUUUUUGUAAUACUAUCAUCAGCAUCCUUGCUGUUCUAUUGUAGACUAACCAUGUCAUUUGUCAAGUAAAAUCUAUAACAAAAUGUAUCAAAUGCUUAGAUGUAAUUCACUGAUAUGGAGCAUAAUAUAAACCAAAAUGUAUGUUAUUGUAUUUAUACAAUCAUUAAAAACUAUAUUAUUUAAAA